AUGGCAAAACACGGACGUCUGCGGUACAUUGAAGACGCCAAAUGGCCGAAAGAUGGCGGUCAUUUCAGGGGGCCAGUGGUCAGUUGUGACGUUCUGUCAGUAGGGACAGUGACUGAAGUUUUCAUCGCACAGAGGAGUGAGGAAGAAAAGGUGACAGUGUACACAGAAGAAGGGACUUUCCUUCGCAGUUGGACUACCGACAAACUUGACUCCCCGCACGGGCUGAGAGUGCAUGUACCGCCGAGGGGUGGUCUGAAUUCAGCGGAGGUGUGGGUGACUGACAUCGGGCAAGGGCCCUACGGUUGCUCCUUGAAGAUGUUCGAUCGCUACGGGAACCUUAAGAUCACACUCGGCACGCCAGGGAAGAGAGGAUCAGGCCUGGACCCAUUACAGUUUGACCAAGUGUCGGACCUGGCGUUCAACCCUUCCGGAGACAUGUUCGUUGUUGAUGGCGACGAUGGCAUCAACCAUAGACUGCUGAAGCUGUCAGCAGACCGCCGGUUGGUCUGGAGUGUUGGUGAGGAGGGCUCCAGGCCGGGUCAGUUCUACGUGCCACACAGUGUAGAUGUAGACAGGUUCGGACAGGUAUGGGUGGCCGAUAGAAGGAACAGUCGGAUCCAGGUCUUUAACGGACAGACGGGCAGCUAUAUCGGCAAGUGGGAUCUUGAGGAGCAUGUCUAUGGACUCAGGUUCAGUACAGAUAAGUCCUUGGUCCUUGUUCUCGAAGAGUUGGUCGGCAACCUUUUGAUGUUCGAGUCUCCGGAUAUGCCUGGUUACCUUGGUAACUACAGGAUGAUUGGCAUUUUGCACGUGCCGACCCCGGUCAUACCGCACCUGUUCUGUGUGAGCCAGGUAACAGAAGCUGUGUUCAUCGCUCAACUUGGAGCUGGACGGUGCCAAAAAUUUGUCCUCAAGAAAAGGAAGACAGCGCGUUGGCUUUGGCUGGGAAUCGUAUGUUGUUUUCCAAAACAAGCUGCUAGGGGGACCAAACUCACA